CAUGCCCCCCCUCAGACAGUUUGACACUGGCUACACAUAUGCUGCCAUAGGAGACACCGAAAAUCGUGAAGAAGAUUUAAAAUGCGGAUACCUGUUGAGUAGUCUGAGGAACAUGCAGUUGACCAGAGUGCAGUUGGCGCAUCCAUUGGCCAAAACCAUUCUGACGUUGAACAACAUAAAGCUUUACUUGCCAGUCAUAAAAGAUAAAUUAGCUACCCUAUACGAACUGAAUAUCCCGCGUUAUGGUGCUCUGUGGCUCGUACUGUUGUACACCGGCAGUGCGGAAGAUUACAAGAACACAUUGUACAAUUCGGGAUACACUAAACAAGAAGUGCACGCAAAACUGCUUAGCAUUCACGAUUACGUGAUCGGAAAAUUGGAAUCGGACGCCAGUGGAUGUCGUGAAGGUAACCGAUUCGACCAGGCCGAAAUGCCGUUUACCGCCCGGCAGUUGGGCAAACCGGAAGGCAUAACGCACCUGAUCAACAGCCACAAAAACUACAUAAGAAGGCUGCUGAAUUUUAACUACGAUAAUUGUCAUUUGUCGUUCGAUCAUAACUCCAAAUUCGAAAUAAAUAAACUUUUCAUGUUCAAUUUCGGCACUAUCCCGGGCAACGUAAUCCCUUUUAUGACACGGUAUAACGUGAAAAUAGACUGGUCAAACACCGGUGCUCAUUUACAAGCUACUUGGUUCAAUGCACGAGACCUCGAUUGGACCACCAAUGAUCUUCAGCCAAUCAAACUAUACUUGACGACGGUUUUCGACUUCAUCAAGGUGAUAUUUUUACGUCUUACGGCCAAACAUCUUUUUUACUUGUUAGAUGUGAAGGUUCCACACCGUCAUAUCUUUGUGCAAGAAUGGUUUAUUUUGCUUCAGAGAUUCGCAAACAUAUUCGUCUUCGUCAACGACACGCACAUCGCCUACUUGCUGGAAGCAUUUAAUUCAGGAUUGAUCGUCCACCAGAAUAAUAUCGAAAGUCUCAUAAAAUAUCUUAACAAGGCAGUGUCACGGACUUCAGAUACUCUCGGUUGUACAGCGAACGAGCCAAUCACUAUCACCGACCUUGCCAACGAUAUAAUGUUGCUGCCACGUGGUACUCCCAUUGCGAAUACUGAUGAAGAUCGUUUGCGCAUCCGAACUCAUACAAUUCCGAUUGCAGAAAUCAGUCUGAUGAACGCUUACGACUUUAUGGACCUUGUCAAAUGGACAUUUAGAAACAUACAUUUUGAUGUCACUAAGUUGCUUGUGGACUACAUCGAUGGACAUCAUGAGUUCAGACUAUUUUGAAGAUGUGGGCUGUAUACUUAAGUUGCUUAUGUUAUAGCUUCGUUAAAAUUAUACAAUUACAAAUUGUGACUUGUGUCGUUUUCUUCAACAAAUAAUUUACUGAAAGUCGUGUUGACUUUGUUUCUUGAAUUAUGAGUCAUUUAUAUUAUUUUUUGCAUGCGUCAAAAAUUGUUUAUUCAAGGUGCAUACAGGUCAACCAAUUGUGUCAAUCAGAAUUAUUAAUA